CCCAGACUCUUCCUCGUAGUGCCGCCGGGACCGUUGGCCACUCACUGGGUUUCGCAGCUUUUGUAUUCCGCGCUCCCUGGGCACUGCGAGCUGAAAGCGCCGAGCUCGCGGGCCAGCAUCAUGUCGCGUUACGGGCGGUACGGAGGAGAAACCAAGGUGUAUGUUGGUAAUCUGGGAACCGGUGCCGGCAAAGGAGAGUUAGAAAGGGCUUUCAGUUAUUAUGGUCCUUUAAGAACUGUGUGGAUUGCGAGAAAUCCUCCAGGAUUUGCCUUUGUGGAAUUUGAAGAUCCUAGAGAUGCAGAAGAUGCAGUGCGAGGCCUGGAUGGGAAGGUGAUUUGUGGUUCCCGAGUGAGAGUUGAAUUAUCAACAGGCAUGCCUCGGAGAUCUCGUUUUGAUAGACCACCUGCCCGACGUCCCUUUGAUCCCAAUGAUAGAUGCUAUGAAUGUGGCGAAAAGGGACAUUAUGCUUAUGAUUGUCAUCGUUAUAGCCGGCGGCGGCGAAGCAGGUCACGAUCUAGAUCACAUUCAAGAUCCAGGGGUAGGCGAUACUCCCGCUCACGCAGCAGGAGCAGGGGAAGGAGGUCAAGAUCAGCAUCUCCACGACGAUCAAGAUCUGUGUCUCUUCGUAGAUCAAGAUCAGCUUCGCUCAGACGAUCUAGGUCUGGUUCUAUAAAAGGAUCGAGGUAUUUCCAAUCCCGGUCGAGGUCAAGAUCAAGAUCCAGAUCUCUUUCACGACCAAGAAGCAGCCGAUCAAAGUCCAGAUCUCCAUCUCCAAAAAGAAGUCGUUCCCCAUCAGGAAGUCCGCGAAGAAGUGCAAGUCCUGAGAGAGUGGACUGAAGUUCUCAAGUUCACCUUUUAGGGAAAAGUUAUUUUGUUUACAUUAUUAUAAGGGAUUUGUGAUGUCUGUAAAGUGUAACCUAGGAAGGGUAUUUCAACCAUCUAAUCAAAAUGGAUCUGGAUUAUUACUCUGUAAAUUCACAGCAGUAAGAUAAUAUAAAUUUUUGUUGAAUGUAUUAACAUCCUAUGGUCUGAAAAUGUGGGUUUUUAUUUGGCACAUUUAAAUAAAAUGUUUCUAACUAGA